ACAUGGGCAGACAACUUGAUCAUUGUUUGAUAGUAGUGUCAUCAAUAUUUUCCAAGUCUAAAGCGAACAGCUGCUUUAAAGCCCCAAAAGUGAAAAGUUCGUAUUAUUUAAUUUAUGAUAUAACUGCCCACAGCCAAUUCUCUUGUCUCAAUUUCUUAGCCGUUCUGAUUCAAUUAUGAACAGACACCACAAACUAUUACUAUUGACAUUAUUUUUGUAUUUAUGAGAAACAAAGGCAAAAUAAGGCAAGGUUUUAAUUUUAAUGAAGUUUGCCAGUUGGCUAGCAUAGUAAUAGCCUAUAACAAUUUGUAGAAACAAUGUCAUCAUGAUAAAUUCAUAUUUUUAUAAAAUAAAUUAUCCAUUCACAAUUUCUAAAUCUCAUCAAUUUUGUCAGGCUUAAUUAAAUUAUGAGAAGCUACCAAAUUAUGAACCUAAGAAUAAUGAUAAUAUAUAUUGAAUUUCAAUUGAAUUUGAAUAAAUCCACUUUUACUUAGCUGAUUGAAUAGUUGGUAGGCUACACAUAAAGACAGAAUAAAAUAAUAUUACGGAAUGAUUUAUGAAUUAUGAACGUAAGAAUAAUGAUAAUGAUAAUAUAUAUUGAAUUUCAAUUGAAUAAAUACACUUUUACUUAGCUGAUUGAAUAGUUGGUAGGCUACACUUAAAGUUAAAGACAGAAUAAAAUAAUAUUAAGGAAUGAUUUGGCCUAAUGCGUAAGAAAAUUGAACAUGUCAGAGAGAGAAUCCAGCAUUCUUUCUUUUUUUCUAAUUAUUUAUGCUCUCUUAUACUUAUGACUUAUAUUUGCACAACUACCCCAAAAAAUUGACACAUUUUGUAAAAAAGAAAUAUAGCUCUUUACUUUAGUAAAUUAAAUACAGUGCAUAUUGACAUUGUCUAAAAAUGUGCUGGUCUUGAUGGGGGAGCAGAAAUUGAGGACACCCACUGAGUGAACUGUGGGGUGGGGAUGGAUUGAUUAUUUAAAAAUGCAGGGAUGCAUUUUGGUACAUAAUAUAUCUGAAUUUAGCUUUGCAUCAUUCUACACUAACAAGAGAAUAAUGGAAGAAACUAAUACUAGUGGAAAUUUAGUUUUGCUUUACCUAGCUGUGUUUCUAUAUAUAUAUAUAUAUAUAUCCGGCAAUCCUCCGAAGUCCGGUCCCAAAUUCUUUCCAAUGAUUACUCCUUACUUAAAAGUCUUGGGCAUCAUUCUGUUUUGAAAUUCAUGUUUGGGUUAUUGGACGAUGUUGGAUGGAGGUUGUCAGCCGUCGAGAUGCACAAACACUCGAGUGCAUUAUCACUAAUUAUGUGUUAUCAGGGACAACUAUCGUCAAGGACGCUUGGCAAGGAUAUCAAAAUGUCGCUCAGCUGAACAACGGGAUUUAUGCUCACGCUGUCACUGUGCACGCGCGUGAAAUUGUUGAUCCAGUAGACCAGGACAUUCACACAGAAACAAUUGAAGGACUUUGGAUGCAAACGGAAUGUAAACUCAGCUAUCAGAGUGGUUCUACUCACUGCCUGUUUGCCAGCUACUUGGGAGCCUUUCGGUGGCGCAACAGUCACAAGCAGAACGUUUUCGGCUGCUAUUUGCAAAUGCUAUGCGCCAAUUACAAUAUUUAGUAUUUACUAACUGGUUUGUAAAGUGACAGUUUGUUGCAAAAGCUAUGACUGACAUUUCUGCUUUUUUCUAACAAUACACACUGUGCAUUGCAAUUUUUUUCAUACGAAAUAAUUUGGGACCGGACUUCGGAGGAUUGCCUAAUAUCCUUUAAUUUUAGUAGUUACUAAAUAGUAAUAUUAAAAAAAAAACUUAUUAUUUAAUAUUUCUAAUUUGAAUCAAUUUUAAAAAAUCAGUCCAAAAAUUGGUGCCGGUAUACCAGAAUAGGGCAUACCAUACAGUGGAAUAGCCCAUACCAUCACAUAUAUUUAAACAUGUGCUUUUUUAUAUAUCAGUAUAUAAAUUUGAAAGUAGCAUUUUUCCCAAGAAUGAAAAUAAGCCCUGAUUGAAUGCUGAAAUAAAAUGUCACAAUAAAAAAAAAAACACCUAGUCUUAUCAUCCAUCCUGUGGCGCUACAGCCCAUGUAGGGCUUUGGCCUGCCUCACCACUUCCUUCCACUCAGACCUAACUAAUGCCUUUCUUUUUCAUGCUUGGACUUUCAACUGUUGUAGAUCUUUCUUUUUCCACAUCAUCUAUCCACCUAAGCCUAGGUCUUUGAGCCUUUUUCAUCUGGGGCAUUGGUGAUGCACCCUCUUCGUUCCUCUGUCAUUUGGCAUUCUCUAUUCUCUCUGCCUCUUUUUUAUUUCUGCUACUAUCGUGGGAUCCUGAUAUAGACUUUAUAAUUCAUAGUUGGUUCAUAUUCUCCAUCCAUAUUCUUCCUUUGUUGACCCAUAUAUUUUCCUGAGAACUUUCCUCUCCCCUGUGUUUAAUAGGUUUAAUAGGUUUUCUGCUGUUUUUGUUAGGGUCCAGGUUUCACUUGCAUAUGUUAAAACUGAUCUAAUAACAGUUUUAUAAAUAGUUUUCUUUGUUUCUCUUGUAAUGUUUUUACUUUUGAGUAUUUUCUGAUUACUGAAGUAUGCCCUGUUUCCUGCUGAUAUUCUUUCUUUUAUUUCUGUUAGUAAUUCAUUUCUUUCAUUUAACAAACAUCCUAGGUAUUUGCAUUGAUUUACUUUUUCAAAAGUCUGGUUUCUAAUUUUAAUUGCUUGUUUGUUCUUCUCUUCUCAUGGUCAUGUAUUUUGUUUUUUGGUUGUUAACUUCCAGCCCUGCUUGUAGAGAUGCGUCUUCUAAUUCAAUAAAGGAUUUUGAUAUGUCUUUAAUACUUUUUCCUAGAAGUGCUACGUCAUCAGCAUACCGGUAUGCAAGAUACUGAAGUGGUUGGUUAUAGAGUGUGCCCGUUGGUUGUGGGUCUUGAGUUUCCCUCAGAAAGUAUCCUGUUAUCGUUCCUCAAGUGUCAAUGUGUAUGUUUCUAAUAACUCUCUAUAAUGUUAAGUUAAAAAGCAUACAAGACAGUGAGUCUGCCUGUCUUAGGCCUCGUCUAAUAUGAAAUUCCCUUGAAUAUUCUCCUUGAAUCUUGAUUUUGCUUUUUGAGUUGUUUAGUGUUACAUGUAGUAGUCUAGUCAGUUUGUUGGGUAUCCCAAACUCCUGCAGAGUCUCAUUUAGAUAGUUUCUUUUGAUGCUGUCAAAGGCCAUUUUAUAGUCAACAUAGAGUUGAUGUACUGGUAUCUAUUCAUAGCAUUUCUCUAAUAGGCAUCUGAUGGUGAAAAUCUGAUCAGUCGUUGAUCUGUUAGGCCUGAAUCCACUUUGGUAAUCACCUAGUAUUUCUUCAGUGUAAGGUUGUAGUCUUUUGGCAAUAAGCUUUGUCAGUAUUUUGUAUGCAACAUUUAAUAGGGAGAUUUCUCUGUUAGUUUGUGCACUGAAGUUUGAAGUCUUUCUGGUGUAUUGGGGUUAUUAAUGCUGUUUCCCACUCUGUCGGGAUUCUCUCUUCUUGUCAAAUUUUAGUUAUAAGUUUAUGUAUCUGAUUGUGUAGUUCUUGACCUAGUCCUAUAGCUUUCUUUUAUAUUAUCUCUAUGAAUGACUGCUUGGACUUUUAGAGUACAUCUAUUUUCUGGACUGUACAAAGCUGUAUAGCCCUACUACACUUAUUUUAUUUAGUAGAAUAUAAAACAUACACACAUGGAGUUGCCUUUGAAUUUUAAAAAAAUAAAAUUUAAAGAAAUUUUACUUUCAACCUAUGUAUGUAGAUUACCUGAUCUGUAUGUUUGAGCAAUGUCACAAGAGCUUGCUACAGAUGAUUCAGAUCUGACCACUAAUAACAACACAGGGCACAUUGUUGUGGAUAAUGCAGAGAAUAACAAUGUUGGUGGAGCCUCACUUUAUAACAAAGAAGAUGAUGACAAUAGUAAUGUAGCAGUUACAACAUCUGUAGACAACACAUCUGAAGUUGACAGUGAUGCCAAGGGACAUAGCAAAAAUAUUGGUGCCUCACUCUAUGGCAAAACAGAUGAAAGUGGUAUGGAUAAUGAAGGUAAAUAAUGUUCAACAUUAGUGGGUAAAGAGCUAAUAACAGUGCAUAGAUAAUUUGAUCUCACAUAAAUAAGAUACAUUUAAUGUUUCAUGUGCUAUAGAUAAUAAAGACGUUCAAAUAUUAAAUGUCAUCUUUAAAAUAAUUGAUAUGUUUAAAAAAAAACCGAUACAUAUUAAAAUUAUAUAGUUGAUUUUAAAAUUGUAUUCAAACUAUGUGUUACAUUCAUAAUAACAAUUUAGAGACAACAAAAUUACACCAUUUUAUCAUUUAAUAGCUUUUAUCAUAUAUAAUAUAUCCUAAACCAUACAAAAUGCAAUGGGUUGAAGGUUGUGGGGUAUGGACAUCAUCUGCAUCAAUACCAGUAUAUUUAUAUGGCUGACUUUGGUUGUUUUUGCUCUGAACUACCACUAUCUUAAUUCUUAUCUUCUUACAAUCCUACUGACUCCUGAAUAAUUUAAUUAACUAUAUAAAAUUAAUUGAUAUUAGUGUACAAUAUUUAAUUUAGGAAGAAUGAUAGAGGCUCAGAAAUUCUGACAAUUGUAUUGUUUUAUGGUUGAAUACUGCUGGUAAAGUAAAACUCCUUGUUUAUUCUGUCUAUAUUAAGGGAGGUUAGAUAUUUAUAAUGAUACAAUUAAAAGAUUUGUAAAUUCAAUUUUUCCUUUUGAUAGAUUAUCAUAUGUUGAAAAUGGCUGGGAUGAAAUAAAACAUUAGUUACUAAGAUAACAUCAGUUAUUGUACAUUCUUUGGAAAUGUUUCUAUUUUUUUAAAACCACUUUGCAGAUGAUAUUUGGCUAAGUGAUGAUGAGGAUGAAGAUGAAAACUACACAGAUGAUGAAACAGAACCAGAUCCUUCAUCUUUGUCACGAGUUCCAGUUCCGAUUUCAGACUUGCCUCAGACAGUUACCCUCCUUGAGAAAGAUGGAUGCCUUGUUUACAUUGUUGGUACUGCACAUUUCAGUAAGGAAAGUCAGGAUGAUGUUUCAAAGGUAACUGAUAAAUUAUUGUUUGUCUUAUAUUUUUUUGGUUCUUUUGUUGGUAAAUGUGAAGAGAUAGCACCAUGUUUUUUUUACUUUGGUUGCUGCGACCAGCGAACUUAUGUCCUAAAUGUAUCCCUAAACCUAACCUGAACCCUAAAUUUAUCCAUAACCUGGGUUUUGACCCUAUCGGAAUCAGGGUGCUAUCUCUUCACAUUAGCCCUUUUGAUUUAUACAUAUUUUCAUAAGUCUGAUAAGAGCUAAUUUAUAUAUUAAUAAUCAUGUGGUGCUUAAAAUAUCCUGAUUAGACAUGAUGAUAUUGGUGUUUUUGUUUUGGUUAGAUACAAGAUAGCAGUCUUUUUCCUUUAAGAAAUGAUUUAUUUACAUGUGUAUAUAGCUUUAAUAUAUUUCUUGAAAUUUUAGCCUGUAUUAUGAGUGUAGUUAUUUGAGAUACGUAAAUCUGUUAAUAAUAAUAAAUAAUAUCUUAACAGUUCUUUCUAUUUCAUAGUUUGAACAGUUUUCCUAGUGUGCAGAUGCUUAAUGUGGGCCAUUUAGAAUUAUUUUAUUCAAUUAGUGCAAAGCAAUAAUCUACAUUAUUUUUGAUGAUCUAUCAUGUACAUUAUAUUGAAUGUCAUGUACAAGUAAGAAAUAGCAUUUUCUCCCUAACUUAUUUGAGUGUUAUAUAUUGAAUUUUAAAAUCAAAUACUUUCACUGAAACCUGAAUCCACUUGAAUAGAUAUGGAAUAUUAUAUUGUAUAUGUCUAAUAUUUAGUUUUGGUAACUUGAUUUUACUUGAACAAAAGGUUAUACGGUCAACUAAACCUCAUGUCAUCAUGGUGGAGUUGUGUCAGAGCAGAGUCAACAUACUCAAAAUGGAUGAAGAGAAGAUUCUAGAGGAGGCUAAAAAUAUUAACAUGAGUACUAUUCAGCAUGUCAUCAAAAAGGUGAUUCCUUUUUGUCAUUUUAUCUAAAUGUUGUCUAUCCUAGCCUAUUAUCUCAGGUAAGUUCUUCUAGUAAUCUCAUCUAAAUGUUGAUUAUCCUAGUCUGUUACCUGAGGUGAGUUCUCCUAAUCUAUUAUCUUUAUAAUGAUAUAAAUUCAAUUUUGUGACAUCCUCUUCUUAGUCAGAGUAAAGAAAAUAUAAUAAACUGGAAAGAUCCUUUAUAAUAAUAUAAACCUGAUCUAAUAAAUACAAGUAACAGACCAAUAUGCUCAACAUUUCCUUUACUUGACAGUGACAGUACCAUUAAAACAGUUUAUGACUAAAGGCUUAUCUCAAUAGCGGUACCAUAAUUGACUGUCCACUUUCCAUGAAAAGAAGGUGACUGCUUUGUUUGCAGUGACAUGGUCCAGGGUUAGAGGAUACAAAUUGUAAACUAUACAAAGUCAGCACGCAAAUUUUAGUGUCUUGAUCACUGUGAGCCAAUCCUCAUGCUCAAGACUGAUCACAGAUUGAAAUGGGGAUAUCACAAGAUAAUAAUGAAAGUUUAUUCAAUUUAAUUAUGGUUUUGAACAAAUCAUUGAAAAAAAAAAGAUGAGUAAAAAGAAAUUAUUUUUUAAAAAAAUUAAAAAAGUAACGCACGAAUUGUCUAAUUUUUGCUUGUGAACAUAAGGAAAUUUUAGGUCACCAAGACUGUAAACAUAAAGAUAAUAAAUAGGACGAGUCAGUCUGGGUUUGAGUUUCAAGUAAAAGAAGUGUUGGACAUUUUCACUCAGCGUUUGUUGCACAAUUUCACUCUGUGUUUAUUGCACAAUUUUACUCAGUGUUUAUUGCACAAUUUUACUCAGUGCAUAGUGCAAAAAUUGUUUAUUGCCCAAUUUUACUCAGCAUUUAUUGCAAAAUUUCACUCAGUAUGUGUUGUUUAAAAAGGUCAAGUUCACUUUUAUAUGUCUUGUACCGGGUACAAUAUGCUAUUAGAAAAUAUAUGUUUAUAUGGACAGCUGAAUGAAUAUUCCACACAAAUCAGGCAUUUUAGUUGGAUAUAAUCAAAAUGAUUAGAACAGCUUUGAAGCCACAGCACAAAUAAAUUUGUUUCUUUGUGGGUUAAGAAUACCUCUCGAUGCAAUGCUGCAUAAUUAUAGAUAAAAUUGCAUGUAACAGCUUGCUAAUUGUUAAAAAUAAUUAAUUGGUAAUUCAGCUCAUAAUCUGAGAUGUUGAUGCAUCAUGUGAUGAAACUCUUCUGUGUUAUUUUUAGUUUUCUCUAUAUCUUUUUUUUCUUUAAUUCUAGAAUGGACUAAUGCAAGGCAUCCUUAAUAUCCUGCUAUUAAAUAUGUCAGCCUACAUCACCAAGGAGCUUGGCAUGGCUCCAGGUGGAGAGUUUCGAGUGGCAUUUAAUGAGGUUAGGUGACCGGUUUUUAAAAUGUAUGAUUUUUUUUUGGGUGCCUUUACGGCAGAAAAAAAUUAUUGUUACUAAAAUUAAUAACUAUAACUGUGAUUAUAAUGUCUAUUGAAUAACAAAACAGUUAAAUUCAGACCAUUUUCAUGGAUAAACAAAGCUACUUUUUAAACAGCUAUUAUUUCCUCUUGCACUAGAGAGAUUUUAUCAUUAACUCUGUUGGCUUUAAUUACACCAAUCGAUAAUCAUAAAAAACAAAUAAAAUUAACGUAUGCAGUUAGAAAUAUCUGCGCUUUUUUUGAGGUCAUGAACAAAAUUUAUUUAUUUAUUUUGAACACCCAUAAACAUUUUCAUGCUCUCUCCUACUCAAAAGGCACAAAAGCUGGAAGGUGGCUGCAAAUUCAUUUUGGGUGACCGACCGAUUCAGAUCACAUUGAGAAGAGCACUAGCAUCACUAAGUAUAUGGCAGAGAUUAAAAUUAGCUUAUGCAAUCCUGUUUUCCAAGGAACCCAUAACGUACGUUAGCUUUGCAGCCUAUCUCCCACUUUUUAAAAUGAACCAUCUUUUUAUCUUAAAGCUUUUUUUAAAAAGUCUUUAUUAUCCUCAGUGACAAAAUUAAAAACAUGGUUUAAUGUUUUUAAUUAUUAGGUUAAAUUUUAUGGCAUAUAAAGCAAUCAACUAUGGACAUCAAUUUGACAAAUUGUAUUAUUUGUUCAACCUGAUUUUUACUGUAAAGAUAAUUUCAUCAAAGCAAAAAUCAUGAAUAUCAGCAAUUGCAUAUUGCAGGAAGGAAGAUGUUGAAAAGUGUAAACAAAAAGAUUUGCUUGAACAAAUGAUAGAAGAAAUGACUGGAGAAUUUCCAGCCCUUGGUAGAGUCUUUGUGAAAGAACGAGACAUUUAUCUUGCGCACUCACUACGGAAAAUUGCACAACCCAUUAUUUGUCCUGAUGCACCAGAUGGUAAGAAUUAAAAAUAAAUAUGUUAAAUGUCUUUUUAUUUAAAAUAUAAACCUCUUGAACAUAACUGUUGUAUUUUAUAUUCAAUAUAAUAAGAUUAAUUUCCUCUUAGUGUUAAAAAGGAGGUAAUUAUUCUAACUUUGACACUGAAAAGAUUAAGUAGUUUUCCAAAAAUGAAGAAAACAAUUGUUAAUACAAAUAACACUGAUCUCUAGUGAAAAAAUGUUGUUAGAAGUGUUUGAAAGAUCUAUAUUUACUGGGGGGGGGGGGUGUGUUGUCAGAUAGCCUAUGGAAUUCAAUUGGGGGGGAGUUAAUAAUCAAGAAUAAUCAAGAAUUUGUUUUGCUUACAAAAUAUAUAGUUACAUAUCUUAAAUUUGUUACAUAAUUAUUUAACUAGGCAUGCCCCCAACUAUUUCAGGUAAAGUUCCUUGUGUUGUGGUCGGUGUUGUUGGUAUUGGCCAUGUACAAGGUAUUAAAGACAACUGGGACAAGGAAUUGAACAUUGAUGAGAUUUGCAAGUAAGACAGUCGACUAUAUUAUCAAAACAUACUAAAGCUUUCAUUACUUCUUGUAAUCUGUGGAAUAAUAAGCAGAAUAAUUUUUAACCGCACCCUCACAAAUUGCUAAAUAAAAUUAUUUGAAAUAUAGUUAUUUAAUUUUUAAAGAUAAUUAUAGGAGCCAGAAUGAUCAAUACAUUGAUCGUGGGCGCUCAAAAUAUAGAAGAAGAAGAAAUAACGUUGGAACAAUACAGUAGAGUUGCAAUCCAUUGCUAAUUCCUUUAGGUUAAUUUUCUUAGUCUAUUAUUCCCUCUGUAGUUUCAACUUUUUCAAUGUCAAUUAAAUAAUUAAAUUUUUUAAGUCUGAAAAAUAUACAUUUCGUAACACUCAAUUUAGUAAUGAAAAAAACUGAAAAGUGUGAAAUGUUUGUAAUUAUGUUUUCAGCAGCACUGAAUUCCCAGAGUUGCAUAGUUUUUUUAAAUUUAUCAACUCUUUUGCAUAACCACUAUCUUUUCAGGUUACCAACAGCUACUGUGGUGUCAGUUUUGGCCAAAUGGGGCUUUCGACUGGGUACUCUAGGCUUGCUUACAUAUGGAUGUUAUCGAAUAUCUAAAUUGACUUUAAUUCCAUGGAUAACAGCUAUAAUUAAAUAAAAGCAUUCUCAAGCUACAUCUCUCCCCACCAACUUUGACCCAACCCCUAACAGGUUGUGAAAUUUAUUACACAACCCGUCAUUGUGUCUUAAAUAUUAGUUAAUUUACUCAGUGCUAGAUGUUUCCACCAAUCCUUGCAUAGAUUAACUGAUAUCCUCACACAAUGCGCUCUAGUCAGUUCAACCUCUCAAAUUACUCAGGUGGAAGGUAAAUAAGAAGAGACUCUGAAAACAACCAUUUCUACAUACUUAUUAAAUAACUUCUUUGAGACACAACAGCUCAUUUUUUUCUCUUUUAUAUAAUUGUGAUUAUGAAAUUCAGCUUGCAAUAUUUAUAUUUGAAAAUUACCAUGUUAUCUUCUGGUAAUUCUCUAUUUACCCAAUUUGAAGUGUUACAUUUUUCCUUAACGUUUAAGAACUAUUUUUCAUGACCUAGGCAAUGUUUAAUUUAAUAUUAUUGUGUCUGGUUUUAUAAACAUUUAUUUUUAAUAUGCCUAUGUCUCAAGUUUUUUUGAGAAAUUUUACUGGGAUUUUGGGAGUUUUUUUUAUAGUUUAAAAACAAUGUGAAAAAAAGGACAUUUUUUGUAGCUUUGCAUGGGUAUUUUAAGUUAUAUUAUUAAAAAAAUGUUGUUUCAAAUGUUCAGAUUAUCUUUUAGUAUUUCUGUUUUAUAACUAAAAAUGUAUUAAUUUAUAGGAUCUAAAGGUAAAUAUGAAGUCACUAUCUCAUAAUUGUGAAAUUUUUCAAUAAAAGUAAAACCAUACUAAUUUAAAAAUAUAUUUGAAACAAUUUUUAUUUUUCUUCUUCUCCACAAGCAAAUAUUUUGUUGUUUAUUAUUGAUUCUUUUUCUUUUCUUUGGUAGAGUAAAGGUGGCCAGCAAAAUGGUCUCCUGAUGCUGCAUUAAAAAUAAACUCCAUGUCAUCAAGAGCAUUACAUAGUUUUAGGCUUUUUCUAUAGACAUAUCUCAUAAAGCAAUUUAAAAAAUGAGAGAGUUAUAAAGGAUCGCCAAAUUUUAAAAAUAACUUCUUGAGAAGUGUAAUUUAAGGUGAGACUUUUUCUUUUAUCAGGAAGUUUUUUUGAAUGAAUCUGAAUAAUUGUAGUAAAUAGUACCUUGCCACCAACACCCACAUCAUAAAGAAGACACAUCUGCUACAGGCAACUGAUGAGUGACUGACUGGUAAACCUAUAUAGCAUCCAAGCAUAACCUAAGUGUGAGAAGAAGCUGAAGAGCAGUACUUGAUUUUUGUGCAAACAGCUGAGAUGCAGAGUUAUGGCCCUAUUAUUAGUUUUUGAAUUAUAUUUCUGAUGUAAAUAAGCUAGGAGAUGCAUAACUUUUAAUUUUAUCACAAUGCAGAAAAAUUACAGUUCUGUAACUGGUUUAGAAAAUGUGGAUAACAUUCUGUGUUUUAUAGACAGGAUGGAAACACUAUGGAUUGGUUCAUGAGUUCAAUUAAAUGAUGUGGCUUCUUAUAGAUAGAUAUUAUUUUAGCAAAGCACUCCUAACAUAAAAUGAACAAUUGUAUCUUAUUUUUAACAUUAGAUCAUAAUUUUGAGAGAUUGACUUCUAGCAUACAGACUUUUUGUUUUGCAAGAAUUGCAAAUGUCUUAAAAUGUAAAUAUUUUACCAGACAUGUACAUUUGUAAGCUGUUUAAGUGAAUGCAUGGGAAGAAUGUGUUAAUGGUAACAAAAAGCACAAGGUAAAAAAUCUUUUAUUACAUUUUAAGCGAACGUAGUUUCCUUUUCUUUUAAAUAAAAGAUAAAUUGGUUAUGGUAAUUUGUAAUCAUUUUGAAGCCUGUUGAUUAUUAUCAUAGAAGUAGAAGACCAAUAACCAUGUCCUACUAUGGGGUAAAUGCUUUUUAAAAUAGUUCAAUGACUCAUGUUUAAAAUAAAAAAAAUUUAAAAAAGAAGACAAGGAAAUUAAAGGGGGUAAAAACAUAACUCUAUAUUUUAAAUUAUUGGUUCAAGGUAUAUUCACUAUACUUUUUAACAGAAGAGUUAAAUAUUCUCUUAUAUUUUACAAUUACUUUCCACUUUGUAAAUAUUUUUCUUAACUCUGCAUUCAUAAUGAUGCAUUAAUAGUUAAUACUUUUUCAGUUGUUAUUUAUUUUUUUAUCUAAUAAAGUGAUAAUAAUUAAUAAAUUUGUAUUUUGUGGUUAUUCAAGGAACAGUGAAGGUUCAGGUGUCAAGCUGACAUUUAACUGUCAAUCAACAAAACUGCAUGUGCCA